AUGUCUCUAGUUGAAAACCUUUCUCUUGAGCCACAACCCAAAAGACGUAAGAUCGAUCCAGAGGUCAAAGAGUCUCCGUCUCGUAACUGCAGUCACUGGUUCGUCCGCAAUAAAGUCUGUGCCUCUUGCAAUACAAUAGUGGACAAUUACCAAGGCAGAUCUUUCGAUUACCUCUACACAGGGAUUCAGAUGAGUAAUGAAGCUUUAGGUUUUACAAAACGGCUCAUCUCUCAAACCUCUUGGCUUGAAGACAAGAAGCUUCACUUAGUACUUGACUUGGACCACACGCUUGUUCACACCAUUAAAGUUUCACAGCUUUCUGAAUCUGAAAAGUAUAUAACAGAAGAAGUGGAAUCGAGGAAAGAUCUACGGAGAUUCAACACUGGGUUUCCUGAAGAAUCUUUGAUAAAGCUGAGAUCUUUUGUUCACCAGUUUCUGAAAGAAUGUAACGAGAUGUUCUCUUUGUAUGUUUACACAAAGGGUGGUUAUGACUAUGCUCAGCUCGUGUUGGAGAUGAUUGAUCCGGAUAAGAUUUACUUUGGCAAUCGGGUUAUAACGAGAAGAGAGAGUCCUGGUUUUAAGACGCUUGAUCUUGUGUUGGCUGAUGAGCGUGGAAUUGUGGUUGUUGAUGAUAAGAGUAGUGUUUGGCCUCAUGACAAGAAAAACUUGCUACAGAUUGCUAGGUACAAGUAUUUUGGAGAUCAGUCUUGUUUGUUGUCAGAAUGUAAGAAGAAGAUAGAUGAGAGUGAUGAGAAAGGACCAUUGAACACUGCUUUGAGAUUCCUCAUGGAUGUUCACGAAGAAUUCUUCUGUGACUGGUCGAGAAAAGACUUGGAUUCUGUGGAUGUCAGGCCUUUGCUAAAGGAGAUUUCUUUGAGAUGGAAGCGUAAAGCAGACGGUGUGGUUUGA